AUGGCGGAGUUCCGUGCGCUCGGGCUGGCGCCGUGGCUGGCGGAGCAGGCCCGGCAGGUGGGGCUGCUCCGGCCCACGCCCGUGCAGGCCGCCUGCAUCCCGGCCGUGCUGCAGGGCCGGGACUGCCUGGCCUGUGCGCAGACGGGCAGCGGGAAGACGGCGGCGUUCGUGCUGCCGGUGCUGCACGUGCUGGCCCAGGACCCGUACGGCAUCUUCUGCCUCGUGCUCACCCCCACCCGGGAGCUGGCGUACCAGAUCGCAGAGCAGUUCCGGGUGCUGGGCAAACCCCUGGGGCUCAAGGACUGCGUGGUGGUGGGGGGGCUCGACAUGGUGUCGCAGGCCCUGGCCCUGUCCCGCAGGCCCCACGUGGUCGUGGCCACCCCCGGGCGCCUGGCCGACCACCUGCGCAGCUCCAGCACCUUCAGCCUCAGCAAGCUCCAGUUCCUGGUUCUGGACGAGGCUGACCGCCUGCUGGAGCAGGGCAGCGCCGAUUUCAGCGCGGACCUGGAGCUGAUCCUGGGCGCGGUGCCCGCGCGCCGCCAGACGCUGCUGUUCAGCGCCACCCUGACGGGCACCCUGUGCCAGCUGCGGGGCCUGGCUGCCAACAGCCCCUUCUUCUGGGAGGCCUCGGCCCCGGUGAGGACAGUGGAGGGGCUGGAGCAGAGGUACCUGCUGGUGCCCGAGGCGCUCAAGGAUGCCUACCUGGUGCACCUGGUGCAGAGCUUCCAGGACCAGCACGAGGACUGGGCCAUCAUCAUCUUCACCAAGACCUGCAAGGACUGCCAGGUGCUGAACAUGAUGCUGAGGAAGUUCAGCUUCCCCUCCGUGGCCCUGCACUCCAUGAUGAAGCAGAAGCAGAGAUUUGCAGCUCUGGCCAAGUUCAAGUCCAGCAUCUUCAAGAUCCUCAUCGCCACAGACGUGGCUGCCAGAGGUUUGGACAUCCCAGCAGUGCAGGUUGUCAUCAACCACAACACCCCCGGGCUGCCCAAGAUCUACAUCCACCGCGUGGGACGCACGGCACGGGCAGGGAGGAAGGGCAUGGCCAUCACCCUGGUGACACAGUACGACAUCCACCUGGUGCACGCCAUCGAGGAGGAGAUCAAGCUGCAGCUGCCCGAGUUCUCGGUGGAGGAGCAGCUGGUGCUGGACAUCCUGACCCAAGUGAACGUUACCAGGAGGGAGUGUGAGAUCGAGCUGGAGGGGAUGGAUUUUGAUGAGAAGAAGGAAAUCAAUAAGAGGAAACAGAUGAUCCUGGAGGGGAAGGACCCGGAGCAGGAGGCCCGCAGGAGGGCAGAGCUGUCACGGAUCCGGAGCAGGAACAGGGAGUGCCGGCAGAAGCUGCAGCAGAGCCUGCACAGGAGGAGGCAGCUGCAGCUCCGCAGGAAACUGCACAAGAGCGCGGAGAGGAGGAGGAGGAAGAUGGAGAAGGAGAAGGAAAAGGAGAAGGAGGAAAAGGAGGAGCAGUGACAUGGCUGGGCCCGGCCCAGAGUGCCCUGGAAUUGCUGCAGCUUCGGGAAAAUUGGGACUGAACUCUUGAAUGUGGGAAAAAAACAAUGCUGGGGAGGAGGGAAGAAUCCCAGAACCAUUGGGAUUGGGAUUGGGUUGGGAGGAGCUCAGGGCUCAUCCAGUCCCAGCCUGGCCUUGGACAUCCCAGGGGUCCAGGGCAGCCUCAGCUCCUCCCACCCAGAUUCCCAUUUCCAGUUUAAAUCCAUUCCCUGUGCCCUGGAAUUCCAUCCCAAAUCCCAAAUCCAUUCCCUGUGCCCUAAAAUUCCCAUCCCAGAUCCAUUCCCUGUGCCCUGGAAUUCCCAAAUCCCAGAUCCAUUCCCUGGCUCCUGGAAUUCCCAAAUCCCAGAUCCAUUCCCUGUGCCCCUCAUGCCAAACCCUCUCCAGCUCCUUUGGAGCCCCUUCCCCCUCUGGAAGCAGCUCCAAGUUUUCCUUGGAUCCCCCCUCUGUGCUCAGGGGGAAUCUCCAAGAGCUUUUCCCUGCUCAUCCCGCUCUCCUGUGUGAUUAAUUUAUCCCGUUAUUAACGCUCUGGCUGCCUUGUGAAUAAUUAAAACGCUCAUUUGCGAGGCCUCAGCCAGGAGGGCGCUGGGAUGGAGCUGCUGCCAGACACAAAAAUAAUGCACAAAAUUCUGCUGCCAGACACAAAACGCACAAAAAUGCACCAAGUGCUGCUGCCAGACACAAAACUGCAGCUUCGUCACCUCUGCAGCACAAGGUUUUCCCCUUUGGAAGCACAAAAAUAAGGAAUUAAUCAGGGUAAUGAGGUUAAUAAGGAAUUAAUCAGGGCUGCAGAGGGAGGUGUUGGUGCCCCUGCUCUGAAACACAACCAAAAAAUAAAUAAAAUCCCCUGGAAAUGGCUGGAAUCGGAACCAAAAUCCUGUGGAAUUGGGGCUCUGGAGCAGCCCAGGGAAGCUGAGGGAAUUGCUGGUGAUAAAUGGGAUUUUAUCAGCGAGGAAGGAGAGAACCCAGAGCCAUCCAUCACAGCCUGGACAAAGCUUUUGUUAUUCCCAAUGCUGAGCACAGCCCCGAGCUGCUCCACAAGGAUUUCCAGAAGGUUCUGGCAAGGAUCAGAGGGACCCUGGGCUGGCACUGCCUCAGGGACAGCCCCAAACCUGCUGGGAAAAUGGGGUUUUUGUGCAUUUUUUGUGUCAAUUUUGUGUCAAUUUGCAAUGGAAUCAGCAAAUGCUGAUUGGAUCUGCUGUGUCCAAAACAGACACAAAGAAAGGUUUUGGAACUUUCUGACCAAAAAAAACCAAAUAUAAAGCAUUGAAAUAAAAGAAAUAGAGUUGAGUAAAGACA